AUGGUGGGUGGCAAUUUGAAAGAUCAACAGCUGCAGCAAAUCGUCGAUAAGACGAUUAUGGAGGCGGAUAAGAAUGGCGAUGGAAAAAUUGACUUUUACGAGUUCCUCGACAUGGUUAACAAUACGGACGUGGCAAAGCAGCUGACGUUAGGUGUACGUAUACGGCAGCGAAUUAAACCGUUUAUUCUCACACAUGUACAGGACUUGUUUUAA